AUGGAUUUGGAGUCUAUUGCUGAAAGUGUUGGAGUAUCGGUAGCUCAUGUUGAUAAUCCAAGGCAACCUACUAUACAAGAGAUGGCAUCAAUAACAUCAUCAUCAGCUAGUGCGUUGGUUGCAUUAAAAUGGUUCCAUAAGCCUGAUAAACCACCAGUGUAUUUGAAAUACAGUCCGACCUCAAUCAAAUUAGCCCGUCAACAUAUAUCCUAUUCUAAAGGGAGGCCGCUUAUCGAAGAAGCAGGCCCAGUCAUUAGUACUACUACAACAACAACAAAGGCUAAGGUCAAUCAAUACAUCACCAAGAAGGGUACUGAUGGCCCUUGGGAUAUCUUUAAAUUCCUAGUACCUGAAUGCCUACGUAAAGGUAUACCAAUACCACAAUGGGGAUUACAUUAUGCAGAUGUUAGACGCCAUUUCCAGCGUUGGAAGACGGCGCCGAUGGCAGUCAGGAAGAAUAAGAAGUGGGGACAACUGACACAAAACAACUUCACUGCAGCUUGA